AUGGGCUCGGAGACUUAUGACAUCGUCUUUGCCAACUUUGUGUUUCACUGGAUUCAGGAUAAAGAAGAAGCAUUCAAGAACAUGUUUCGGAGCCUGAAACCAGCAGGGAAAAUUGCCGUGAGUUACGCCGACCGCUUAGCUUCCAUCUUCAGUAAAAUUUAUCGUGAACUUCAAAGCUCAGAAAGCAUGGAACUUAUGCUAAGCAAAUGUUAUUUCGAGAGAAGGUCAAAAAUUGAGAGCAUGUGUUUGGCUGCGGGAUUCGAAAUUGUAAAAAGUGUGGACGUCAGAAUGGAGGAUCUUGAGUUCGAAAAUGUUGAAAGUAUGUGCUCAUUUUUCUCGGCAACCAAUCAAGGCAGGUUUGUUUCAGAGCUAGCCACGAGAGAUAAGGUGUCGAGUUUUUGUGCUCAGUACCCAGGCGGGGAAAAUUCUAAACCGUUGACGCUAUAUACUGAUGAAGGAGAUUAUUACUGCGUACUGAUUGCAGCCAAACCAUAAAGAAAGUGUCGGCUUUUUAGAUUGUAAUUAGAAUUGCAAUUAGAGAAGGUUGUUUGAGUGUUCGGGUUCCAUUCGAAUCUGGAAUAUGUCGUUUUUAGCUUUAAAAUGUAGUGUACUGAAACAAAACUUAUUACCAAUUCUUUUAAGUCUGCAGAGCACCAAGCAGAUUGCGUGUUAACAACAAAACAUUUUUGUUCGUGACGAAACCGCUUUGUAACGCUUAGAAUCAGUUCAAGUAGUAAGCUUUGGUUUUGUUUUCCCUGAAAAUAACUGAUAUGAUCUCGAUAGCAUUUAUGACGCAGUAAAUUGAACAUUUUCCUCCGUUAGGUUAGUUGUUACAGCAGAUAAUAUUUGCGUCACAGAGUUUAAAUUUAGUAAUGUUACGGUGUAGGUUAUGGUUGAUUGCGCAAAAUGUUAGAGUACUUUUCAAUCACGGUCAGAUGAAGUGGCGCUUUGUUUAGCAGGCUUCAUUGUAAGGGAAGGGCGUGUUAAUUUUUAUUUUCUAAGGGGGUUUACACAUUGAUGGUCAGCGGUCUGUCGAGGAAGAAGAUUCGUUUGCAUUCUUCCACUCAAUGUGAUCGUUCAAGUCCUCACAAAUAACUUCCGUGUUUUGAAUUGCUCGAGCGAGGUUGGAGGACUUAACUAAUUGCAUGCUUUUAU